GCUGGGCUAGAGGCCCCGGGUGGUGAACGAGGCUCCGGCACCAUGUCUGGUUUGUCUGGCCCACUCUCCUGGCCUGGCCCUCGCCCCUGUGCGUUGCUCCUUCUGUUCCUGCUCGGCCCCAGCUCGGUGCUCACCAUCUCCUUCCAUCUGCCCGUGAACUCUCGCAAGUGUCUCCGCGAGGAGAUUCACAAGGACCUGCUAGUGACGGGCGCCUACGAGAUCACCGACCAGUCGGGGGGCGCAGGCGGCCUGCGCACCCAUCUCAAGAUCACAGAUUCUGCCGGCCAUAUUCUGUAUGCCAAAGAGGAUGCAACUAAGGGGAAGUUUGCCUUUACCACGGAAGAUUAUGACAUGUUUGAAGUGUGUUUUGAGAGCAAAGGAACAGGGCGGAUACCUGACCAACUCGUGAUUCUAGACAUGAAGCAUGGAGUAGAGGCGAAAAAUUAUGAAGAGAUCGCAAAGGUCGAGAAACUGAAACCCCUGGAGGUGGAGCUCCGACGCCUAGAGGACCUUUCAGAAUCAAUCGUGAAUGAUUUUGCCUACAUGAAGAAGCGGGAAGAGGAGAUGCGGGACACCAAUGAGUCCACGAACACCCGAGUCCUGUACUUCAGCAUCUUUUCCAUGUUCUGCCUCAUUGGACUGGCCACCUGGCAGGUCUUCUACCUGUGUCGCUUCUUCAAGGCCAAGAAGUUGACAGAGUAAUGAGGCUCAGUCUUCUGUCCCCUGGUAUCUCAGCCAGCAGACAUCGCUGGGACGUGCCUGGCCUACCUAGCUCGAGGCCAUCCUACUAAAAGUACCACCCAGGCACAGUGGAGCUUUCUUGCCAGAACUGAUUUCUUUUGGUGUGGGAGAAUAUGGGGCACCACCUACACCCAGCAAGUCAAUGAGGACUUCUUUUUAAUGUGGUAGGAUUUGGACUGGUUUUUCAACAAGAUUAUUAAAGUCACCUAUGGAAAAACAAAACAAAAAUAGGGGUUACCUAGAUAAUGCCAAAGCCAGCAUUUGUCCUGGGUUCCCUCACGUGAUCCGUUUGAGCUGUUUGCUUUUUAUUUCCCACUUGCUCGUCACCUUGAUCUUCCGCUCUAGUUCUUCCCCCAGUAUUUCUAUGACCGUGGUCAGCUUGUCUCAUGCCAGUUGUCCUCUUCGGUAUCCUUGUGAAAACACCAUGAACUUUCUUUUGGCCCUUAGGUGAAAUGUUUACAUAGCUUCUGGUGAGAUCUUCAUAAUUCUAUGUCUCCUAAAAGGGUCUUGGAUGGGUCACAUAAAAAAUGUGAGCUAUGAACUGUAGGUAAUCUCCUCAAAGAAAAUCUCAAUUUUAGACAAUUAAAAUGUUCAUGUUCAA